CUCUGUCACUCUUCUACAUAUAUAUUUUUUCUUUUUGCGUCUUUGCGUAUACAUUGCGACCUCCAUUGUAAAACAAGCAAAGUCGGACAUUCGAUCCUUUUUGCUCAUUCCUUUCUCUUUCUCUCUUUCACUCUCUCACAUACAGUGUCUGUCAUUUUAUGUUUUUUUCUCACAAUUGAAUUCCUUUUCUUUUCUCAAGCAUGGAGGUUGAUGCGCUUACGACCGUGUUAAUUGCUGCCAUUACACUUUUUCUGGCAUACAUUCAAUUCAAUAAGAGUGAACCUGACGUCCAUCCUCUUGUCCUGCAACAACAGUCCACCCCUACUCUCAUUCGAAACGAAGGCGAGUCUGUCAUCUAUCGAUCUAAAUUUAUAUCUCACACAGCACCGUUAUUGAAGCUGCCUAAUGAAAGUAGGAUCAAUACCUUAUACGAUGUCUGGCAGGCAGGACGAGCCAUUGAUCCCUCUGCAGUGUCAUUAACUUUCUUGCUCCAGAACCAGUUUUAUCUUGUGAAUAAUACAUAUGAACAAGCCGAGAGGAGGAUCAGUGGAUUCGGAUCAGGAUUCGUUUCAUUGACAGGUCUAAAGCCUAAAACAGAGACACCUGUCGGUAUUAUGGCUCCUUAUUCACAAGAAUCCUUCAUUGCUCAACAGGCCUUCUAUCGAUACAGCUUUGUGGCAGUUCCUAUCCAUGAUUUGAAAAAUAUUGAUCUCUUGAUCGAGGUUGUCAGCCAAACAAAGCUCAAAGCCAUCAUUGUCUCUCAAAAGGCUCUCCCUUCGUUACUACAUGUAUUAAAGGAAUGCCCGAGUGUUAAAACCAUUAUUGUCGCCGGCAUAUACAUCUCUGCCGAGCAAAUUAAGUUAGCAACUCAUUAUGGUGUUAAAAUCACAAAAUUUUCCUCCCUGGAGUAUAAUGGAUCCUUGGACCCAUUGGAGCCUAUCAAGCCCGCUCCUGAUGAUAUUGCAAUGAUCAACUUUAACACCAAGUCGAACUCACUGUCAAAAGGUGUCGUGCUCACGCACUCAAACUUGGUGGCAGCCAUGGCUGCAUUCUCGGCGUCGCUUCCUGCAGGCAAAAAGUUUACUAGCAAAGAUCGUCUACUCUCUCAUUUCUCCCAUGGGGAUGUCAUUGCCAUUUGGCUAUCAAGUGCCAUCAUUUUGACGGGAGGUUCCCAGAUUUUCCCGUCAGGCCUUAUGAAGAAUGUUCUUCAUGAGGCGCAGGCCUCCAUGCCCACAAUUUUUGCUAGCGCACCUAUAACGCUUGAAAAGAUUCAUCAAGCACUACAGUUGACAUACGGAAAGGGAUUUCUAUUUAACCGAGCAUAUGCAGCUAAGUUAGCCUUGCUUCGGGCAGGUCGUAUCACUACCACCAGUCUAUGGGACUUUGUUAAAUUAACAGAGAUCAGAGGCAAACUUGGAGGGAAAGUUAGGAUGAUGGUUACUACAAAUCCUACGCAGCAGGAAACACUUGAUUAUAUCAGGGCCGCCUUAGGCAUUCAUGUUAUUAGUACAUAUGGCAGAACAGAGACAUCGGGCCUGACAUGUUGCAGCAACAUUUAUGACUACUCAAGUGCUCCUACUCUUGGCGGACCUGUAGGCUGCAACGAAAUCAAACUGAUCGACUAUGUUGAGGGCGGAUACACCAGCUCUGAUGCACCCUAUCCACGCGGCGAGAUUUUGAUUCGUGGGCCAAAUGUGAUGAAGGGUUACUACAAAAAACCGAAUGCAACGGCUUCAGUGCUGGAUAAAGAUGGCUGGUUCCACACAUCAGAGCUUGGAGCUUUCCACGAUAAUGGCGCCAUAGAAUUAUUAGGAAAGAAAAAAAGGACCAGGGUAUCUUCUUUAUCUACAACGGACUCGUCCUUGUCAUCUGGAUCUGGACAAUGAGAAUGCAAGUGGUAGUUUUUUUUUUUUAUUUUUAUUUUUUUAUACCCUGUAUUUACAAUUGGUGGAUAGAGUAAUGAUACAAAAAAUGAUGGCUAUACUUUACUUCAAUGAAUAUGUUCAAGCCAGAGUUUAAAAUUAAAAUCUCGCAAUGAUGUUCGUGUUCGCUUG